AUGUCAUCGCUAUCAGAGAAAGCACGCUUGCUUCAUAGCAAGAUGCAAGAAGCACCACCAUCAACCCUCUUUAAUCAACAACAAUUAUCCGACUUAAUCCAUACUUCCAACCCAGCCGAACUCUUAAACGUCGCUCAAGAAUUAGUCAAUGGGAAACUUGUCAAAUUACUGAAACAGGGUGAUGAAUUAAUCUUCCAAGCCGUAUCAAUCCAAGAAGCUCAUAAAAUCACCCAAAUGUCCGAUGAUGAAGCCAUGAUAUAUUCUCAUAUUGAAGCAAGUGGCCGUGAAGGGAUUUGGACCAAGACCAUAAAAGCAAAAACUAACCUUCAUCAACAUAUCGUAGUUCGAUGUUUGAAAUCAUUAGAGAAUCAAAGAUAUAUCAAAUCAAUCAAAUCGGUGAAACAUCCAACAAGAAAGAUAUAUAUGUUAUAUAAUCUCCAACCAUCUAUUGAAGUAACUGGUGGACCAUGGUUUACUGAUUCUGAAUUAGAUACUGAAUUUAUUGAUUCAUUAUUGACCGUGAUUUGGCGAUUUGUGGCCUCGAAGACAUUCCCGGGGGCUUUUCAACCACCGCUGAAUAAUAUGAAUCCAGUUCAAGCAAGCUAUCCGGCUAAUCAUACUGGAUUUAUUCAUCUAGAUUCAAUAAUGGAAUUCAUUACUGCUAAUAAGAUUACAAAUAUUGAAUUGGGGUUGAAUGAUAUUAGAGCGUUAUGUGAUGUAUUGGUAUUUGAUGAUAAAUUGGAAUUGGUUAAUCAUACUACUGAUACGUAUAAAGCAACUUGGCAAAGUGUAUUGGAAGCAGGGUUUGGAAGAGCAUAUGAAGAAGAACAGCAAGGAGAAGAAGAUGGGAAGAAAUUGAUAUCUGAUAGUUUGAGACAAUCAAUUAAAGAUCAAUCAUUUUCUAUAUUUGAUCAUUAUCAAACUAUUGAAGAUACUGAAAAUACCGAAGAUUUGGUAUAUUAUGAUGCAUGGAUUAAACAGUAA